CUUUUAAGUCAGAAGCAGUCAGAAGACAUUGUAAUAUAGUACAUACACGAACGAUCUAGUCUUAUAGUUCAAGGAAGAUAUCAACCAAUCGACGAAUGAAAUUUUGCCAUACGCACGAAUUUUUAAUUCAAACUUCAAAUGAACUAGUCGUGCGAAUUAUACGCUUUACUGCACGUAAAUGAGUAGAAGGUUAUUGAGUUUCCGUGUAUAUCGAGUGUCUAUUCGAUCAAUGAAACACUAUUCAUAAUGAAUGUUGUACGAAUUAACUCAAGAAAUGUGAUUUUCAUUCUUUUGGCAAUUUUGUCAAUUACUGUAAAAGAGGUUCAUUUGGGUUAUGAUAGUGUGAUUAAUUAUGCAAUGAAAGAGGCCAAUGUGAAUUCCACGCCAGCAUAUAAUAGUAAAAAGGAAGAAAUUGCAAGAUCGUGUCCAGGUGGUGUUGCUUGUUCAGAAUUAAGUGGAGAAUGUUUAAAAUGUAGUUUAGAUCCUAAUUGUGUAUACGGAGAAGUAUAUUUUGCUAACUGUUCCGUUUUGGAACACAUUGAUUGUGUUGGUGAGCAGUUCUUCCAAAAAAAAUAUGUAUGCCGUUAUUGUUAUCAAACGGAACACUGGGAGCAUGAAUGUCAUCAAAAAAAUUCUUGUAGCUCUGUAGCUUCUCCUCGACAGUAUUAUAGAACAAAUUGUACAGUAAACGGUGAUAUAUUGUGUUUAGGAAGACGUAAAUUUAUGAAAAAUUUGUUAUGCAAUUGGACUGUAGGAUAUCGUUGGUCCACUGCUCUAAUUUUAAGUAUUACAUUAGGAGGUUUUGGAGCUGACAGGUUUUAUUUAGGUCAUUGGCAAGAGGGAAUUGGUAAAUUGUUCAGUUUUGGAGGACUCGGAGUAUGGACACUGAUUGAUGUAAUACUCAUUUCAAUGAGAUAUUUAGGUCCAGCAGAUGGAUCAUUGUAUAUUUAGAAUUUACUAUGUAUAGAUAAUUUAAUUUAAUUUAUUUCCUUGUAUAUGGAAAAAACAUCCCUUUAAUGUACAGUGCGGUUACAAUUACAAUAGUGUGUCACUACAA